UUUUUUUUCGAUGAAUAAUUAUUGACUUAAACUUUAUUGCCUCUGGAACUGGAUCAAUGGAUUUAGAAAGUUUUUCGAUCGAUCGUAUCGCAAUUUGAUUAAUUAAUAAAUCAACGUUAUAAAACCGAGAGUAACGAAUUUUCAAUUCAUACGGGUUCCCUAAGAAGGCCGCGUCUUCGUUCAUUUUUUUAAUUAUCAAGAAAAGGGAUAGGGUACUGUCAAGAAGGACAUAUACAUAUCAAAAACUGGGCGUAUAUAAAGUUUAUCGAAUAAUUGAUUUCAAUUUACUGCGAUCGAUUUUCAUUUGUAACGUGGCCAUUUACGUUACCAGAAAAAUCAAAUAGAAUAAGCAAUAAAAUUUGAUAGAUCGUGAUUUAAAGGUUAGUAGCAUAACAUUUCAUCUAACUGCAUCCGGCGUUUAUUAUAUUAUCAUGUCACGAAAUGUAAUGCGAAUGAAACAAAAAAAACAAUACAAUAUUUCGAGAUAAAUUUCAAGCACUGGUAAUCAUUGCUUGAAACUUGAAACAUAUUUUUAUAGAAACGACGCGUUACUCCAUCUGUUGGAGGGUUGAAAAAAACAGAAAUUAAGAGUACAAUCCUUAUCCCCCAACAAUUUACUGUACGACUCUUCAAUAAUUUCAAAAAUUCUUAAUCCUCCUUCAAUAAAUAACCCUCUCCUUUCCAUCCGUCCAACAAACUUUCCAAAUUAAAAGAAAGAAAAUUUCAAAUUUUCAACCAAACUAUCACCACGUUAAAAAAGAAAAAGAAAACGAAUGACUUUACACGAUGAUCGCUAUUAGCACUGUCAGUUAAAAGAAUCUUUAUAACUAUCAUUCGAAACUCGAACAACGAAAAUAAAACUUCAACUUCCAAAGAAAAAGAAAAAGAAAAAAAAAAAAAUUCCAAAAACUGCAAACUGAUCAUCGAUGUCAAAGUGUCACCAUCUCUUGGCGGAGGCGGUAAGCUGAACGUCGUAGUAAGGUGGUGGUCGCGCAGGCGUGCAUGCGUUAUCGAUAACGGCAUCGAAGGGGUGAGAAGCAGAGGAGAAUAGAGAGAGAAGUGUCGGGAUCGAAAGGUCGAGCAAGCUGGCGAUGGGGCGAUAUCAUCGCGUUAUGCAACGGUUCGAUUCAGUCGGCGGCGUGAGACGCUAUAUGUCUUAGGCGUCUGAGCGUCCUCUCUCGAGGAUCAGGCCGUAUGAAAUCGUCCUCUCGUCUUAGAAUCGAGCGCGCCGAGCGAGCGGACAGAGGCAAAAAAAGCUGGUGCUGGCGCGUGGUGGGGGUGCCUGGCCAGAGGAAACAGGUGUGUGAGAGAGCAGCCGAUAGGAGAAGGAACGAGUGGCAGGAGCUGGAGGAGCAGCUGGCAAAAUGUCGAAGGAGAGAAUCGACAUCGAGAAACCGUAUUGGGAUCAGAGCACGUACAAGGGUAGGGCGCUUCACUUCCUCGCUGUAACGAACCCUUUGAAUUUGUUUGUCACCGGGAAACAGCUGGAGCAUGCACGAGACGUGGUCACUAAAUACAGGAAAGGGGACAGUCUGGCGGAAUUGAAUAUCACGGAGGACGAGUUGUGGAGAUGCAAAUACUUGUACGACAGCGCGUUCCAUCCCGACACGGGAGAGAAAAUGUUCCUGAUAGGUCGGAUGAGCGCCCAAGUACCGAUGAACAUGAUGAUCACCGGCUGUAUGUUAACGUUCUACAAAACGACAACGCAUGUCGUGUUCUGGCAAUGGGUGAACCAGUCGUUCAACGCUAUCGUCAAUUACACGAACCGUAGCGGAUCGAGUCCGAUUCCCACACACACGAUCUUGCAAAGUUACGGUAUUGCAACUGGAGGAGCUGUAAUAACAGCCCUCAGCCUGAAUCGACUAUUCCGGAAUGCACCACCUCUGGUGUGUCGAUUGGUGCCAUUCGCAGCAGUGGCCGCUGCCAACUGCGUAAAUAUUCCCUUCAUGAGGAUGUUAGAGCUCCAAAACGGUAUUGAAUUACAAACAGAGAAAGGAAUAAAGAUUGGAAACAGCAAACGUGCCGCUAGAAGGGCGAUUGCCGCCGUUACUCUGUCCCGUAUCCUUAUGGCCGUACCGAGCAUGACAAUGGCGCCCUUCAUAAUGAAUGUAAUAGAACGACGAAAAUUGUUAUGCGGGGCGAAAUGGGCUGUCGUACCUAUACAAGUUUUAAUUUGCGGAAUUUGCUUAACAUUUGCCACUCCUCUUUGUUGUGCGCUAUUCGAGCAACGAGUACCCAUCUCGGUAGACGAUCUGGAACCAGAAGUACGGGAACAAAUACUCUCCAAGUAUCCGAAUCUUCAAACAGUGUAUUACAAUAAAGGUCUUUGAACGAAUUUAAAUAUCGAAAUACUGCCAAAGAAAGCGUGCGCGCGAUUGAAAAAAUACAUCGCGAGAAGAAGCGAAUUAUAAUUGUAAUAUUUCUAUAGAAAUAGAAUCAACGAUUCAAUAACGAUUCUAUCAGAAUCGAGAUGCAGAUGUAAACAUAUCCAGUUUUAUUCUCUGGUAUAUAUUACAAUUACGUGUUGCAACUAUAAAAAAAAAAAAACAAGCAAAGUUAAGUAACGAAGACAAUAAAAAAACGGUACAAUGAUA